AUGAAAUUUCUGUUGAAUAUAAAACAAUUAAUGUUUUUCAACAACAAAUAGAAGAUUUGAUUAAAGAAAAUGAUGAAUUAAAAACAAAAAAUGAGAAAUUAACUGAAGCAGCAGAACAAAUUAAGAAUUUGAUUAAAGAAAAUAAUAAAUUAAAAACAAAAAAUGAGGAAUUAACUGAAGCAGCAAAACAAAUUAAGAAUUUGAUUAAAGAAAAUAAUGAAUUAAAACAAAAAAAUAAAGAAUUAUCAAAAUUAAAUCAAAGAUUAGAAAAAAUAAAUGAUGCGUAA